UCGUCUCCGCCCCCCGUCGCUGCUUGUUAACGGCAACCGGGUCUUUGCUUCACUUGCUCGCGGCGCGGAGCUCAGUACUUUGAGAAGCGGUUGUGCGAUAGGAUGAAUGCAGGCUCGGACCCCGUGGUCAUCGUCUCGGCGGCGCGGACCGUCAUAGGCUCCUUCAAUGGUGCCUUAUCCACCGUCCCCGUCCACGACCUGGGCUCCACUGUCAUCAGAGAGGUCCUGAAGAGGGCCGCUGUGGCGCCCGAAGAGGUGUCGGAGGUCAUAUUCGGGCACGUUUUGACAGCAGGUUGCGGGCAGAAUCCUGUUCGACGAGCCAGUGUGGGUGCAGGAAUCCCCUACUCUGUUCCAGCAUGGAGCUGCCAGAUGGUCUGUGGGUCAGGCCUGAAAGCCGUGUGCCUGGCAGCCCAGUCAAUAGGGAUGGGAGACUCCAGCAUUGUGGUCGCAGGAGGCAUGGAAAACAUGAGCAAGGCACCCCACUUGGUUCACUUGAGGACAGGAGUCAGGCUUGGGGAGACUCCGCUAAGUGACAGUAUACUCUGUGACGGGCUCACAGAUGCAUUUCACAGCUAUCAUAUGGGCAUCACAGCUGAAAAUGUAGCCAAAAAAUGGCAAGUGAGUAGAGAAGAUCAGGACAAGUUUGCACUUCUGUCCCAGAAUAGGACGGAGAGCGCACAGAAAGCUGGCCAUUUUGACAAAGAGAUUGUACCAGUUUUUCUAUCUUCUAGAAAAGGUCUUACUGAAGUUAAGACAGAUGAAUUUCCUCGCCAUGGGAGCAACAUAGAAGACAUGUCUAAGCUAAAGCCUUACUUUCUUACAGAUGGAACAGGAACAGUCACCCCUGCUAAUGCUUCAGGAAUAAACGAUGGUGCUGCAGCUGUGAUUCUUAUGAAAAAGUCAGAAGCUGGUCGGCGUGGGCUGACACCUUUAGCAAAGAUAGUUUCGUGGUCACAAGUCGGUGUGGAGCCCUCCAUCAUGGGCACAGGACCGAUCCCCGCCAUCAAGCAAGCUGUUGCAAAAGCAGGUUGGUCUCUGGAGGACGUUGACAUAUUUGAAAUCAACGAAGCCUUUGCAGUCCUCUCUGCUGUAAUAGCUAAAGAACUUGGAUUAAACCCUGAGAAGGUCAACAUUCAAGGAGGAGCUAUAGCCUUGGGCCACCCUAUUGGAGCAUCUGGCUGCCGAAUUCUCGUUACCCUGUUACACGCCAUGGAGCGAAAGGGCGGACAGCGCGGUGUUGCUGCCCUAUGUAUUGGGGGUGGGAUGGGAAUAGCAAUGUGUGUUCAGAGAGGAUGAAAUGCUUAACAAUUAAUCAUGCCUAUACUAAGUAUGAACCUCAUCUCUUUAAUAAACUACUAAGUUAUAAUACA